AUGAUGGGACGAGAAGGGUCAUACCGGUCAAGAGGGGCGAGUUUUGCUCAAAUUCUCAAGAAAAACAUGACCGCUUCACCCGGGUUCUCGCCGUUCCCAAAGCAGCCUAUCUUUGAAUACCACACUAGUAGUAACCCACUCGACCAUGCCUGCAACUCCCCUCGCAAUAUCAGUUACAAACGGAAAAACAUUCCUAAGGAGUUGAUAGACAGAUACCAGCGAGGAGAGACCCAUGCUGUAUCUUUGCUGUACCAACUUUCACAGGUGCUACACUUCCAGGUGGAACUGAAGGAGACUAUUACUACAGGAGGAAUAACAGGUUUCUACUUUGCGUUCUGUGCUGUGAUUAAUGGAGUGGAAUAUAAGACUGGGAUGGGCUCCAAUAAGAAAGAAGCCAGGGCCAAGGCAGCUCAGUUGGCACUGGAGGAACUGCUGCCUAGUAUAGAGAAUGAUGGUGUACUGCCUGAUGCUUCUGUGGGACCUCCACCUCUGCCAGUGAAAGAGACUGCCUCCCAGGUAUUAGAAGCCCAUGCUGGAAGGGCUUUAUUUGAGAGGAAGAAUCCUAUUAAAGACCAGGUUUCCAGUGCCAUUAAGGAGAUGUUCUCCAAGCUGACGGACAGUUACCCAGCGUUUUCCGGCUGUGGUGGAACAUUGGCUGCAUUCGUUACCCAGUCUCCAUUAGGAUGUGAGGUAGUGGCUCUUGGUACAGGCAAUUUGAACUCUAAGGAGCGCUUGACACCUAAUGGACGUGUCCUUCAUGACUCUCAUGCAGUUGUGACUGCACGUAGAUCACUAAUGAGGUAUCUAUACAGACAUCUGUUGUUGUUCUACAGUAAGAAUCAUUCUCUGGAAGAGAAAUCGAUCUUUCAGCAGGAUGAGAGUACCAAACUACUGAGUCUGAAGUCUCGCAUUACUCUGCACCUUUACCUCAAUCAGUUGCCCAAAGGAGCUGCUCAAAUACCUUCUCACCUUCAUCUGAACCCCCUGUCCAUCGCAGCUUGGGAAGUAAAUAAUCAGAUGGGUCUGCAUGUGACGAUCGAUGGGAAGGUCUUUUCCGUGUUCUCUACAUUUGAGCCAAGUGGUUCUUGUGUGGUCAGUAUGUCAGCUACUGACAAGAUCACACGAUGGCAGGUUUUGGGUUUCCAAGGGGCACUACUGAGUCACUUCAUUGAGCCCAUCUAUGUCAGCACUAUUCUCAUCGGUGAUGAGAGCUGCAGUGAUACACGUGGUAUGGAGGUUGCAGUAAAUCAGAGAGUGGAUGGCAUCACAUCUAAGCUGCCCAUGUAUUACUGUGUGUACCGGCCACAUAUCAGCCUGGUGCCGUCAGUGAUGCCCACGGAUAUCCACAGCACUCAAAGGACUCUGAGCCUCAACUGGACCCAGGGUGACGUCUCACUCGAGGUUGUUGACAGCCUGGAGGGCAAGUCUGUGGAGCAGUCUCCCUUUAAGAGUGGACCUGCACUUGCCAGUCGCCUGUGCAAAGCUGCCAUGUUGAGUCGCUUCAACUUGGUAGCUAAAGAGGCACAGAGAGAAGAGCUGCUCGCUGCUGGAUCGUACAGGGAAGCCAAGAUGAUGGCAAAGCCAUACCAGGAGGCCAAAAGUGUUUUGAAAUCUUACUUGGCCAUAAGGGGCUUCGGACAGUGGGUGGAGAAACCCACAGUCAGUGACCACUUCACAACGUGA